UCAAGCAUUUUGUGAGUUUAAAAAGUGGCCUUUUUCUUUUUAUUCUGUUUUCUGACACCACCAUCCAAGAUCCAUGUGGUGAACCAGUAGUAGGUUCCAAGAACCAAAUGCGCUCUAAGAACUAACUUUCCACAACGCUGGAGUGAUCGACUAAUUUACGGAAGUACCCGCAUCUCUUCACUGUCCACCAAUGUCUAUUUACGUAAUUUAAACACUGAUGGCUGCAAAACCCCCCCUCCUUAAACCCUACCUACACCAUCCUUUCCUUUCUUUUAGGGUUUGAGGUUGAGAUUUACUUUCUCUAAUUGCUUCCAGAUGGCCAAGCGUUUGCUUCCAUUGCUCAAUCGCGUUCUCAUCGAGAAGAUUGUUCCCCCUACCAAAACCAAUUCCGGCAUUUUGCUUCCUGAGAAGUCCAGUAAGCUCAACUCUGGAAAAGUUAUCGCGGUUGGUCCUGGGGCUCGUGACAGAGAGGGAAAGAUUAUUCCUAUCUCUGUAAAGGAAGGUGACAUCGUCCUCCUACCAGAAUAUGGAGGAAAUGAAGUCAAGCUGGGAGAAAAGCAGUUCUAUCUAUUCCGCGAUGAAGAUUUAUUAGGAACACUUCAUGAAUGAUUGAUCAUGUGAAAGUUUGAAUGUUUUUCCAAGUCUAAGCUGUAUGCUCCAGAUCUAGUGAGCUAUUUUCUAAACGAACAGAGGACUAAAUAUUAUAUAUGAAUUUUUGGCAUUUCUCGCUCAA